UUAGAAUGUUCUGUAUGUUUUGAAAAUUUCAUUUCACCAAAGAUUUUACCAUGUGGACACACUUUCUGUUUGAAUUGUGUUAAAAGACUGAUCGGUGAUAAAACAGAGACAUUCCCUUGUCCCACCUGUCAGCAGAAAGUUCAAAUUCCAAAGCGUGGU